AUGGCCGCACCCUAUGUCUCCGGUAGCCGUGCUCUCGUCACUUCUCUCUCCAGCCUGUCUGUUCCAUUUUCCUCGCUGUUUGUCAAACUCUACUCGUGGACUUCAGCUUGGCUUAGGCAUCACCGCUUCCAUCAUGCCUUCCCAGGACCUCUCCAGACAAGAAGCAGAUGUUUGUCUUCUGUCUUCCUGAAGCACCCUGUGUGUACCCGGAGUGCAGAACCUCUCCAUCUCACAUGUUAUAGAGAUAUUGUUCUAGGUGCUGGAUAUACGGUAGCAGACAAAACGAAGUCCUUUUCCUGGCAGACCUUGUGUUCUACUGGACUCUGA